AUGGCGGCAAAUCGGCGAGUUGAUGAUGUUUCCAGUCCGUUCUAUUUGCAUCCGUCUGAUGGUCCUGGGUUAGUUCUCGUUUCGCAGCUACUCUCUGAAGAUAACUUUGCCUCUUGGAGUAGAGCGAUGCAGAUUUCGCUUACGGUGAAGAACAAGUUAGAGUUCAUCAAUGGCACAAUCGUUGAACCGAGUAGGGAAGAAGCGGUUCUUCACAACGCCUGGGUUCGAAAUAACAGUAUUGUUAUUUCAUGGAUUUUGAAUGCUGUGUCAAAAGAUAUUCAGGCCAGCAUCAUGUACUCUGAUUCUGCGUACGAGAUGUGGAAGGAUCUCAAUACCAGAUUUUCACAAAUUAAUGGUCCGCGCAUUUUCCAAUUACGUCGGGAAUUAACUAAUCUUACUCAAGAUACGCAGUCCGUUAAUGUGUAUUUUACAAAAUUGAAGGCUAUUUGGGAUGAAUUAUCCAAUUUUCGACCAUCUUGUACUUGUGGAGCCUGCACUUGUGGUGGUGUUCAGAAGCUUAAUGAACAUUACAAUUUAGAACAUGUAAUGGCUUUUCUCAUGGGGUUGAAUGAGUCUUUGACUUCCACACGUGGUCAAAUUCUUCUCAUGGAUCCACUGCCUCCUAUCAACAAGGUUUUUGCUCUUGUUUCUCAAGAAGAGAGGCAGCGGUCUAUUCAUUCUUCGCAUAAUGAGGUGCAGAACUCACUAGCUUUCUCCAUUCGUGGUGAUCAGACUACUCAGAGAUCUAUGCAUAAUCAAGCCACUUUUAACUCUGCACCUAAGAGGAAGGAAAGGGGCUUCUGUACUCACUGCAGCAUCUAUGGGCAUACGAUUGAUAAGUGUUACAAGUUACAUGGAUAUCCGCCCGGUUAUAAAGCCAAGCCAAGAUAUCCUUCUUUGCCUCAAAGCAGAUUUUCUGUUAAUCAAGUCUCUGCCAUGGAGUCUCCUCUUGACUAUACAUCUUCAGGGAGUACUUCUCAACCUCCUCUUGUUUCUUCUGAUCAUGUUUUGGCUAACUUGUCUGCAGCUCAAUGCCAGCAAUUGAUUGCAUAUUUCUCUAAUCAAAUGGCUGCCAAGAAACAGGUUCCUGCUCAGCAGUCUCAGGGUGAUGAGGUUGAAGCUGCACACAUUUCUUGUGUGUCAGGUAUAUGCUUAGCAGCUUCUCUUCAUGCAUCUUUUCAACCUCACUAUUGGAUCAUUGAUUCUGGGGCUUCUCGUCAUAUCUGUAAUGAUAAAACUCUAUUUUCUUCUCUUCAUAAAGUCAAUUUUGCUAGAGUUAUAUUACCAGAUUGUUCUUUGGUUGUUGUUGAGUAUAUGGGAGAUGUGUGUUUAUCAGAUGAUCUGGUUUUGAAAAAUGUUUUUUAUGUUCCUUCUUUUAAGUUCAACUUAAUCUCUGUCAGUGCUUUGCUUGAUAAUUUGCCUCACACAGUUAUUUUUGAUUCAAAUUCCUUUCUUAUUCAGGACAAGUUCUUGAAGAAGAUUGGCAAGGGUAGCAAAAUUGAUGGUUUAUAUGUUCUUCAGCCUCACAUUGAGUCUAUUGAUGUUUUUUGUAAUAAAGUUUCUGCCACUGUUUAG